UAGAUACCCGUCGCCACCGAGCAAUUAUUUAACAGAAUAAACCAUGGGGCCAGCCCACCCACAGCUCGUCCUCCUUGCUGCGAUCGCCUUGCUGUUCGCCGGCCUCCUCCCCCAGGCAUUGGGGAGGGGGAAGGGACAUGGAGCCGGUGCCGUCAACCCACAGGUCGCCGGCAUCUGCUCUCGCACCCCGUUCCCGGAGGUGUGCACGUCUACAGCCGGGCGGCACGCGUCUAAGUACCCGGUCAUCGACAACCUGGCCGUGCUCAACAUGCAGGUCGAAGCGUUCUCCAAGCGCGUGGCGCAGGCGCGGAAGCACGUCGCGAAGUCGGCCCGCACCAUCCCACCGGCGCAGUCGCAGGCCCUUACGUUCUGCGACACCAUGUACAUGAACACCCAGGACACCAUCGGCGCGGCGCAGCGGGCCAUCACGUUCAAGGACACGGGCACCGCCAAGAUCAUGCUGCAGCUCGCCGUCCAGGAUUUCGAGUCGUGCGACCGGCCGUUCACUCAGGCUAAUGCCGCCAACCCCAUGGGGAAGUUCGAUAAGGAGCUCAACCAGAUGGCCAACAACUGCAUGACGCUUGCAAACAUGAUCUGAUCCAUGCGGAGGCAGUUAGGCAUGCUUGCACCCCCAGCGUGAGGUGCAGAGACAAGCAUGCAUGGACGUGGAGGACUUGAGAUUUUCAGAUUAUUUUCGAAUUCAUUUAAUUAAUCCAUUAUGCGUUUUAUUGACUAAA